AUGGACACCAGCGUCAACGGCACUGUUCCUCCGGAUUGGCCACCCGGUCUUCCGACCCGCGCCGCGCUCGACAUUCUCGAGCUGGCUUUGACAGACGACACCCGAAUCUGGUCCUGCGGCUACCCAAGGCUUACCAUGGCCCAAGGAAAUCUCCCCAAAGACCCAAACCCCAUGCUGUUCAUUGAGAGACCUGUUUUUGCGCAGUCAAUCCCCAAUAUGGCUGUCAUGAAGGUCGCCCCGCAGGAUCAAGAGGACUCGGACCUGGAGCUAGAGCUCGAGUCCCUAUCAUUUGGUGACCUUUCGAUGAUGGUCGUGGACAAUAUUCGGGACGCCCUGCUCAGUCCUCCUGACCAGCACGAUGCCGAUUCUCCCGCGAACACUACGAAAGAUCACUCUCUGGCUCUACAUCUGCCGCUCCAUCCACAGCCGAAUGGCAUCCUUCAACUUGACUCCUCGAUCGACACCCCCACAAGCUCUCCCCACACGGGCGUGGGUGAUGUGAUCGAGCAACAAACGGACGAUCUGAACGGCUCCCAACUCCCCAACAAGUCCCAGCUGGUCCAAAGCGAGGCAGAUCUCGAGCCGCCCGAGGGCGUGGAGACCCAAUCCAAGCCCAAACGCAUCGUCAAGAUCAAGUCCCGCGAAGCUGUUUUGUACUAUCGAGAGCUCAACAGGAGGGACGAGAUGGAGGCUAACAUCGAGAGGAGGAUUGCCAAUGGCGAGACUAGACCGUCCUCUGAGUCUGCACACUUCGAUGAGGCCGUUUGGAAUUGCGAUGCUGGUUUUGAUGUGCCUGGCGACUACGCCUGGCUCGACAGGUCGCGCUAA